ACUACAAACAGAAUGUCUGACAAUGAACAGGGUAUGACGUUCCCGACGGUGCUAGCAUAUAUUAACCAGCGAGUGCCAAUUUUCCAAUACGCCCACCGCGUUAGAAUAUCUCCUUCACAGCAAGAUGAGCUUGUGAAUCAUUUCAACCAGUUCUCCAACAAAUACUACGUGCAACACUUCCUUAAGAGUCUCAUCACCAUCUAUGAACGGACAAACAUCGAGGUAUCUGAGAGUUUGUACGAACUCUACUGUUCUCCCGAGAUCUUGAAUGCUCGAGCCUUGAAACCCACUGAUUUUGAUAAUAUCGUCUAUCACAUAAACCAGAGGGACAUAAUAAUAGGAGAGUCUCCCAGCAUAAUUUCGGGCCAGGGAACCACCGGACUUCGAACAUGGGAGGCUGCCCUGUUCCUAGCGAAAAUGGUACCUUGUUUAGAGAUCGGUGGUACGGUCUGUGAACUAGGAACUGGCACAGGGUUGGUAGGAAUCUCUUUAACGGGGGACUCUCGGAUCAGAAAAGUCUUAUUCACAGAUGGAGACACCAACUUGUUUGAUAAUCUUGUACGAAACCAAGAAUUGAACCAAGUUUCUCGUGAAGCACACAGCAUCUCCCAGUUAUUAUGGGGAAAUGAUCACCAUGUCCCCGAAACUGACUAUUUGGUGGCAGCCGACGUGACCUAUGAUCGCUCCAUUCUCGAGGAAUUGGUAUGUACGAUCUCGAGGUUCUUAGCAAAUGGUUGCAAGAAAUGCUAUAUUGCAGCAACUGUUAGAAACAUCGAUACCGUCAACGAGUUUGAAGAACGCAUGCAAAACCAUGGUUUGAAGUGGGACACCAUAGAGACAUUCGACCCGCAAGCUGAGUCGUUCCCCGUUCCCUGGUAUAGGCCCACCACCCCCUAUAUGAACCUUUACUCUAUCUACAUGGGGUCUAUAUAGAAUACACACCGACGUGCGCACACCGGUUUCGCACGCCAAACUAAUUCAAUUGGACGAGAGCCACUGCGAGCGAAAAGUUUGAAUCCGAAACUUUUCUUCCAACAACAACUAAGAAACUAAUAAGAUGCUUCCUAAAUUUGCCACUCCAAUGCUCAAACAUUUCUGGCCAUUUGGUGUCGGAGCUGUCGUCACCUACGGCCUCGUUUACAAGGGAAGUGUGCUUUCCAUGAACUCUGACGAGUUUAUUAACGACCCAAGACACCCAAGAUUUGCCAGCGGUGGUAAGUUCAUCGAAUUGGAAAAAUAAAUAGCUUGCACGUAAAUACACAAGAUAGAAAAGAUUAAUCGGGUGUUGCCAGGCCACAAGCCGAGUCAGCCUUGUCUAUUUCUACAUGGACACGUAGCCGCCAUAAGCCGCAUACACUCGUUUCAGUGGCCAUUACCAGUAAGCAAACAAAGGGGCAGGCGGUAGGAAGGUAAAACCGCACAAUAUAGCCCAUUUGUAAACUGCCUGUAUCGUCUAGCUAGACGCAAUUUUGUAGACGCAUCCAGCAGCCAGUGCCAAAACCCUAUGUCAACCGGAUGGUAGAAGUUGAAUCACUGUCAUGAUAGGAUGGAGGUCCUGGUUUGAGUAGCUUUGGACGGGGAUCUACCUAUCAGACCCGAGCCGGGCCACUCCUGGCGCAGAUUUCAAUGGAUAGGCCC